CUCUUGCCCCUCUCUCUCCCCAACCCACCCCAGGCGUUGUCGUACCUGGGUCUGGACGUGACGGAGGAGAAGAGGAGGAAGCUGAGACAAAGUCUUAUCACUGACCCACAGGGAACCGUGUCCUACGGAGACUUUGUUGAGGCCACACGCAACGUCUACCAAGAGAAUCUGGAGGAGGCGGGACUAGGGCAGAAAGAGUUCAUGUUCUCCUAUCACGAAGCAGCUAGCUUGAUGGACACCUCUGCCUUCCACUCCCCGACCUUUGAUUCAGAUUCCUACAGUAGUGAAGAACUGGAGCACUUUCAGGCGGAGGUGAAACAGCUGCAGAACCAGAUUAAACAACUCAAGUCCAAUCACAGUCAGCCUGCUGGUUUUCCUACACUACCCCAGAUCAGUCAGCCUGCUGGUUUUCCUACACUACCCCAGGUCAGUCAACGUGCUGGUUUUCCUACACUACCCCAGAUCAGUCAGCCUGCUGGUUUUCCUACACUACCCCAGAUCAGUCAGCCUGCUGGUUUUCCUACACUACCCCAGGUCAGUCAACGUGCUGGUUUUCCUACACUACCCCAGGACACAGAGCACAGCAAGUCAACCCUGGAGGAGGAGUUACACAACACCUCAGAGAAAGCGUGUGCGACGGUGGAGGAGAACAGUCGCCUGAAGACUCGUGUGCAGGUAGCGGAGGCAGUGCAGAGAGACAGACAGAGUAACAGUGCAGAGCAGGACUAUGAAGAGGUCAUUACACUGCUAGAGGCUGAGAUCAAAGACCUGAAGAACCAACUGGCGGGCAAGAAACAGAAGGGUCUGGAAGCUACUAAGGAAGAUGUGAUGGAGUUAAACAGGAAGUUGUCGAUGAUUGACUGUCAGCUGAGGAAGUCUGAGCUGAGCAGAAGACACCUGGAGAUCUCCAACAAGAAACUACUGGGAUUCGCACAGAAUGUUCACAAAGUGCUCACCACCCCCAGCUUGUUUGGAAUGGAAAAUGGGAGUAGCAGGACCUCUCCAGCCACAGACAGUCCAGAGACCCCCUCUCCCAUCCCAGACCCAGCCUGCCAGUUAGCUGCAGAGGCCAGGGAGCUGGUGGAGGGGGUCAGAUCCCUGAGCAGCACCGAUGAUACAGCCCCUCUCAGUGACUCAGAGGUGGGUGAACCACCUGACCCAGCCAUGGACCCUAACCGGGCAACACACUCGGCGGCUCAGACAUCUCCUACAGAAGAUCCAGCCAAAGACGAGCGCCGCCAGUAGAGAACGUUCAGAGAACGUCACAGAGAGUGUUUUAGAGAACGUUACGAGGACGUGAAAAGAACAACGUGGCUGGGGACUAGGCUCAGAAGAACACUGUGCUUGGCUGACUACGUUUACCUAAAAACUACCAACGACCCUUUAAAAGACAGACAGACAGAUUGAGAGAGACAACCAGACAGACUGUAUGUAGGAUGCUAUCCAGUGUGCGUAAAAAAAAAUCACUUACAACUCUUUGAAAAUGAACUACUGUCAUUAGUUGAGGCUUCAGUCAAUGUUCUGGGAUUGCUUUACCGAUUAACCGCAAAAUGUUCUAGUUUAUCUGUUUUCUAAUACAGCUGUGUGUGUACUUACGUUUCUCUGUUGAUAUUUAGCAUUUAUCAGAAUGUGAAUGAAGGGGAGAUUCUCAACUGGGAGUGACUGGAAAUGGCAGAGACUUGUAGAUGCAGUUCAGUUUGUUCCAAAGAGCUUGCCGUAGCCGAUUAGACAGCACUACAAAGCCAAGGCGCUACCGUUGGGUGUGUAGGUGUACAGACAUACAGCAUGAGCUAUGAUGAUGAUGAUGAUGCACUGAACCUUUCUAUCCCUGAGUUCCAAUACUCUGUAAAAGAUGAAUUCUCUCAUGUCCUAUUUCCUUGUAUCCUAUUUCCUUGUAUCCUUCCUGACCACUGAAAUCUGGAGAGACCGGAUAGUUACGCUCAAUAUGCCAGUAUGACAUUGGCUGCUCGUCAAAUUGGUUCCAUUUCCAUCCGUUUAUUUUGGGGAUCAGCGGUCCUCAAGGACACGAAGAGAGAUGACGACGUUUGUGUUCAUUAUCUGAGAGAGGACAGAAAUGUGUAUUUUUGCUCACAACAGUUCCCAGAGGUGAGGAGAGGAAGCCAGGCUAGGGUAUUGGAACCUAGCCCUAGCUUUCUCUAUAGCUGUAUCGCCAUGGCUACAGUAAGUGCCCUGUAUGUGUAUACUUCAGAGAGAGAGAGAGAGAGGAUAACGUGGACGAUGUGCCCUGAUCCAAAGCGUCUCAUCCUGAUGACAUCGUGUCACCAUGGUGAUGACCCUGUGUACAGAAACGGAUUGUCCCUUAUACUGAAGUGCUCUGAUGAACUGUCUGUCUGUUUUGAAGAUGAUUUUGUACUGGAAAAGCCCAUUUUCUGUUACGGAUACCGAGGUAGAGGAAGAAGCUUUAGGACCUGCACGAGCUGUCAUGGCGACGCCGAGACGUCUGCUUUUGCUGUUAUUAUAAAACCUUGUAAAUCUUUAAGCUGAAAGAAAUAUUGCACUCUCCUUUGAUGUCCUUCUCCACAUCUUCUGACUGACGCACACACACACACACACACACACACACACACACACACACACACACACACACACACACAAACAAAUCCGCUGGACCAAGCCAGAGCUUACUAUAGUAUGUCUGUGUCAGUUGAAGCUCGUUCAAGGCGUUGUCUAUGAGGAUUCCUUUCUUCCUUACUGUUGAGUUCUGUGAAUACUUACUACGCUGUCAUAUCACAUAUGUUCCGUGACUUCUGUUAGAACUGCGUCUCCAUAGCGACAGCUGUGUGGAAGUUCCGUUCCAUAACCCACAGUUUGUUGGCUUGUUCUCUGAGAUUGAGGUUAUGUCACCAAGACAAUAAAAAAAGAAUGGAAAAGACAACAACAAUGGCCUUUUAGCAGUGGCUGUGUCUCGAUAGUCGUAACUAGCUCCCUUUCCUUGUGUCCUUUCCUUGUGUCCUUUUCCUUCAUGAUCAGUGAUAUGGAAAGAAGUGAUACUGUAGGUAAAACAAGCAAUAUGGUGGAAAGCCAUCCAAUCCUUUCACCUGUUAGAGGUCCCGAAGAAAAGGAAAUGAGGGGAGGAGACAAGGAAAGGAAGUAAUGAAAGAGUAUUGAGACCCAGCCGGUGUCUAUCAACUCAAAACACCUGAUACUUCCUCAGUGCUAAUGAAGGAAAGGAGACGAGGAAGGAAGCCAAUGACGAGUAAUUGAGACACAACGCAAAGCAGUGUAUCUCAACUGGAAACAUCAUCGGUACCAUACUAUCACUGCAUGGUUCUGGUUCUGACAACCUGUCGUUCAACAUCCAACUAUGGAAUCAAAUGUUUGGUUUCAGGAAUGUAGAGAAAAACAUGAGUUAUACUGUCUUGUUUAAAAGAAUAGGUUGUAUGCUAACGAUACCUGUGUGGUGGGAUAUAUGGCCUGCGUCCCAAUAAUCUCUCCGUUCUCCCGAAGUGUGCACUCGUUCACUUUCCUUUAUGGAUUUCAGAGGACAUGACUGGAAUAUGGAACUCCCUCUAGAGUCCAGCCCGUGCCAACACAUAUCCAUGUAUUUUACAUUUGUAUGGAGUAGUGAACGAGUGCACACUUCAGGGAAAGAAAGAGAGUGUUUUGGGACACAAGUCAAGGAGAUGUGUACAACAGGAGGUCAUCUAACAUUAAUAAGACCGUAGCCGGCUAAAUGUGUCCGAGGUGUAUUGUUUAUAUUGUUAAAUGCACACGCUUUACCAAACUGACUGACAUGUAGUCCUGUAAUUGAACUAGAUUGCAUCAUUAUGUGUGGCCUCCGAACUUUCUUUUACUGUUUUUAAUAAAGGAUUAACCUCAAAUACA